CGUGUUGCAGCUCAACAAUGCCGAAAGUAGUAUCGCGUAGUAUUGUUUGUUCCGAUUCCAAAGACAAGGAGGAAUACAAUGAAACGGGACCACUCAACAUAUACUACUGUUUGUGCGGGCAAAUGAGUUUAAUUUUAGAUUGCACGCUGGAAAAACUUCCCCUCCGACAGUUGGAUGGCGCCCGGGUGAUCGACAGUGCACGCCACGCCAACAAGGUAAACGCAGAUCCGAGCGAAACUGUCUUCAUCCAGCGGGACGCAGGCAUCGAGAAGCAGCAUCGACUGAAGUGCAAAAAGUGCGGAUUGCCUCUAUACUACCGGCACAGCAAUGAUCCGCAGGUGACGUUCGUCAUACGACGGGCACUGGUGAAGUGCAAGAGUGAGGCCAAGAUUUCGGAAUUCAUCAAAACCCCCAGCACAAGCCUUAACCCCACACAGGAACCGAAGAAGGUGAUGGUUACGAAGCACACGAAGAAUAUGGGCAAGUUUAGCUCGGUAACCGUGUCGACCAUCGAUGAGGAAGAGGACGAAAUUGAGGCACGGGAAGUGGCGGACAGCUAUGCAAACAAUGCGCGUAUCAUUGAGAAGCAGCUCGAGCGGAAGGGUGGCAAAACGAACGAGGAUGUGUUGAAGGAGAAAAUUGAACCACCGCCACCGAAAAAGAAUCGCGGUACUCUUCUCGAUACUUAG